GGCGAUCCCUGCCAGAUUUGGGGCAACGUGAUAUCCCGGUCGUAAAGCCUUCCCAGCUCGUUGUGAGCAGCAGCCGGAUAUCGGCACGGGUGGUGGUGAGUCGUGGCUUGCUGGUUGCAUGUUCUGGGAUUUCUACUGCCAACUCUCAACGCAUCUGGUGUGGCGUGGCAGAAGACUGCCGUCUCUGUUACGGUAUCUGGCAGGGUUGCUCUACUGUGAGGAAAAACCUAACAGAACGUAUCUUAUAAGGUAUACGAGUAAAGUUCAGAUUUUUCAACCCUUUGUUCAACUGAAGGAAAAGGAACGAAAGAAGUCGACGAUCAGAAGACGGCUACGGGGGGCACUGCCGUUUCAUGAACGUAGGUAUCAUCUUCAGCGCGAGGCUCUCUCUACCUGUACUAGACCCGUGUUCCUUUUGACCUCGCUCUUUACUUCUUCCUUUCCUGCUUGGUUUUCUCUUUUUGAUCUUCCACUGCCGCCUCGUCCAACGAGUCUCACCAUCAACAUGUUGGUUCAAGAUCGGCUUGAGACCCUCAGACUGUCACUCAGUCCACGAGGAGCAGCGAAUCACAAGGGUGCCCGGCCUGGCGGUCUGGGUCAGGGUUUGACCUCGUAAAGAACCGCAACGACGCCUAGGACCGACUUGGUCUGCAUUUAGGUUCAUG